CAGACCAGGUUAGAUCUAUCGGUUAUGGUGGAAUCGCGGAAAUAUAGGUUUUGGCCACAUAGUGGCACCUCGGACAGGCCUGGGUCGUCUUCUGGGACGUCUUCCGGGGGAGCGGUUCCUUCUUCGGAAUUGGAGCGGUACGGGGCUUCUUGUUUCCUGGACCGGUAGGAGACGGUGUUGGAUCUUUCUUCACACCUCCACAUGGACAAUCCCGGGAGAGGGUGUCCAACAGACCACAGCGGCUGCAGAACAGGGUGGGGGUUCUGCUACAGGUGGCUCUGGUGUGUUCCCCCUGGCCGCACCUCCAACACAACCCCGGGCGGAGCUCCACGUAUACCUGGGGGCCCAUAGUCCCAACGGUUCUGGUGUUUGGGGGUACCUUUUACUGACUCCGGUUUUUCCCCAGGAUUCAACGGUGCUGGAUGGGACCUUCUCCCUGGGCGGUGUUGUCCCUGGUAGUCUCGCCGGUCCGAGCGCUGGGGACGGUGUUGUGGAGCAACCAGCGGCGAUAUUCGGCGUCGGGCGGAGGAAUGCCUUCGCUGCUCCCAACGGUAAGGGGACCGGUCUGGGUGGAUCUUCGGGUAUGUCCACCUCCUCGGGGUCCACAAAUCCCAGCUCCUUAUCGAGGCGUUCCAGGAUCUCCACCUCCAUGUUGUCGUCAGCCAUGGUGUCGGAUGGAGGACAAGUCGUGGCCUCAACGGUCGGUUCCUUCUAGAAAAAGACAGGGGCCGGACAACUUGUGAUGUACUGACGGACGGACGGUACGGAUUCACAACCCGGCAUGGGGCCACGGACUACACACUUGGAGUAGGACGGAGUACGGG